AAAAGAAAUCCAACCAAAUGCCCUACAUAAUCAUACGUGGUAAUUUAGCCUCCUAUAGCCAUAAAUAUCCAUGGCGUGUUCUAGUAUCAGGAUUAAAAGCCUCAGAUAUUGAACAGCUGAAUAAAUUUUCAUGUGGUGGUCUAGUGGAUGAGACAACAAUUGUUUAUUUAGUACAUCCUUGUCACAUUCUAUCCGCGCUAGAGAUUUUAGGUUUUCGCGUCGUUGCCUCCUCAUCGACAGCCGUUAAGCAGGAUUACAAUGAGUAUAUGUGGACCAUGCGUAAAGAGUUUGCUGAACCAGAACCAUUAGAAACCGAAUCUGUUGUAAGAGAAAAUCUAUCAAAUAUUGGCAGAGAAGCGGCCAGUUUAGGCAAUUAUCAUAAAGUGCAUUCGCCCGAAUAA